AUGUUAUCUCGGGUUAACCAUAAGAACUUUGUCAAUCUCAUUGGCUACUGUGAGGAGGAUGAACCUUUCAAUAGGAUGAUGAUAUUUGAAUACGCUCCUAAUGGAACCCUCUUCAAGCAAUUGCAUGUUAAAGAAACGGAACAUCUUAACUGGAGUGCAAGGAUUAGGAUUAUCAUGGGCAUUGCUUACUCUUUACAAGACAUGCACCAUCAUUUAAAUCCACUAGUGGCACAUUCUAACUUGAAUUCACAUAAUAUCUUUCUAGUUGAUGACUAUGCAGCUAAGAUUACUGAGAUCUCUUUCUUGCCACAAGAUUCCUCCAAGUUGAAGAGCUCAGGUGACAAUGAGUCAGUGCAUUCUACAUUGCCACCUUUGGCUGAUGUAGAGACAAAUGUCUAUUGUUUUGGGAUUCUGUUGCUAGAAAUCAUUUCUGGAAAGCUCCAAUACUCGGAAGAACAAGGGUCCCUCGAAAAAUUGGCUGCUGAAUAUUUGAAUGACAAAUGUAGUAUCACUUACCUGAUUGACCCAAUCCUUAAGUCUUUCAAAAAGAAUGAGCUUGACCUUAUAUGCAAGAUUAUCCAAGAGUGCAUACAGCCAGAUUCAAGGCAAAGAUCAACAAUGAAGGAUAUCACUUCCAAGUUGAGGGAAGUAAUUGCUAUCUCACCUGAUCAAGCAACUCCAAGACUUUCUCCGCUUUGGUGGGCUGAACUUGAAAUAUUAUCUGUCGAGAUUAUUGAGAUCUCUUUCUUGCCACAAGAUUCCUCCAAGUCGAAGAGCUCGAGUGACAAUGAUAUCAGUUACCUGAUUGACCCAACCCUCAAGUCUUUCAAAAACAAUGAGCUUGACCUCAUAUGCGAGAUUAUCCAAGAGUGCAUACAACCAGAUCCAAGGCAAAGACCAACAAUGAAGGAUAUCACUUCCAAGUUGAGGGAAGUGAUUGCUAUCUCACUUGAUCAAGCAACUCCAAGACUUUCUCCGCUUUGGUGGGCUGAACUUGAAAUAUUAUUUGUCGAGGCGACUUAA